AUGAGUAGGCUCGGCUCGUCGAGAAAGAGCAUCACAAAUUCGGAAUCAUCUGAAAUUGAAUAUAUAAAAGAGCAAGCCUUGUUGCACGCAAAGAGGCUCAAACACUUAAAACUUGAAGAGCAAAGAAGGAAAGUGCUUGCUGGUACAGUCGAUGAGAAAAAACUGCUUCAACAACAGCGGAAAUUGGAGAUUGAUCAUCAUAUUGAAAUAAGGAAAAGGAAUGAAGCGUUUGAGGAAUGUAGUUCACAAUUAUCGGGACCAAGACCUGCUACAAAUUCAUCAUUAGAAAGUAAAAAAGCGAGCUCUGCCCGAUAUAACAAAAUAAUGACCAACCAAGCCGCUCGCAAGGAAUUUGAAAGGUCUAUCAUGAUGGAAAAUAUCAAAAUGCAACAAAUGAAGCAGCAAAUGAAACAAAAAGAAGGUGAGGAAGAAAGAAAGCAAGUAGCAAGAGGUAUUGAAUAUUUCCACAAUAGACCUCGCUCCUUCUUGUAA